AAAUUAUAGAUGUUCGGAAAUUUUAAGCUUAUCUAUCCGGCUCCUCUAUCGGAGCCUAUAAGAUCUAGGGACUCGAAUGCAUUUCUUAUGGUGACGCUCCGAAAUUCGGGUUUAAACGUGGACAACGAUUUCGGUAUAGGCCGCAAGAUUUGGAGGGUUUUUUCUUUCAUCUACAAUAUGGUGAUACUUCCCGUAAGUUUCCCAAUUAACUACAUGAUUCAUUUGGCGGAGUUCCCCCCGGAGCUGUUGCUGCAAUCCCUGCAACUGUGCCUCAACACAUGGUGUUUCUCUCUGAAGUUCUUCGUUUUGAUAAUGUAUAUGCACCGUUUGGAAUGGGCCAACAAGCACUUAGACAAACUGGAUGAAUACUGCGUUAAGCCGGCGGAGAAGCGCAAGAUACGCGACAUGGUGGCUGCCAUUACCAGGCUGAAUCUAACCUUUGUCGUGGUUUACGGCUUCUACGCCACCUCCGCGCUACUGGACGGACUUUUGCACCACCGUGUACCUUACAAUACGUACUAUCCGUUCAUAAACUGGCGAGUUAAUCGGACCCAGCUGUACAUACAGAGUUUUGUGGAGUACAUCACCGUGGGUUUUGCCAUAUAUGUCGCCACGGCCACGGAUUCCUAUCCUGUCAUUUACGUGGCAGCCCUGCGAACUCAUAUUCUGUUGCUCAAGGACCGUAUUAUGUACUUGGGCGAUUCCAGUAACGAGGGUAGCACCGACCCAAGCUACAUGUUUAAAUCGUUGGUGGAUUGUAUUAAGGCUCACAGAACCAUGAUAAAUUUUUGUGAUGCCAUACAACCCAUCAUCUCUGGCACGAUAUUUGCUCAAUUCGUCAUAUGCGGAUCGGUUCUGGGGAUCACUAUGAUCAACAUGUUGUUGUUCGCUGAUCAAUCGACCCAAUUUGGCAUUGUCACCUACGUUAUGGCCGUCCUUCUGCAGACUUUUCCGCUUUGCUUUUACUGCAACGCCAUCGUGGAUGACUGCAAAAAGCUGGCCGACGCUCUUUUCCAUUCCUCCUGGUGGGUGCAGGACAGGCGGUACCAGCGGACAGUCAUUCAGUUCCUGCAGAAACUGCAGCAGCCUAUGACCUUCACAGCCAUGAACAUAUUCAACAUUAAUCUGGCCACUAACAUCAAUGUAGCAAAGUUCGCCUUCACCGUCUACGCCUUCGCGAGCGGGAUGAACCUGAACCAAAAGUAUAACAUUCAGGAAUAGAAAAAAAUACUCAAUAAAAUGACCGCACCA